AAAUGUCGUGAGCGGCGCUCGGCAGCUUUACGACUCGGCUGUUCCUGAGGAGAGCUCGGGAGCGCCCACCGGCAGCCAGCGCCGGUCUCCCCGACCCUCCUCCGCCUCCCCUCCCCUCUUCGGCCCUUCUCUCGUCCUCGCUCUCCUUUCUCCCGCAGCCCCUCCGCAGUCCCCGGAGAUGUGAGCGCUGCCAUGCGGCGGCGGUGCCCCCGGCCCCUGGGUUAAGCGGCAGGUGUCGCGGGAGGCGGGGAAAGGGGCCGAGGGGAGCGCGGCGGGCGCUGAGGGUGUGAGGGUGUGCAUCGGCAGCAGGGGGGUCCUGCGCGGCACUCCGGGGCCGGAGGCAUGGAGGAGAGCAUGGAGGAGGAGGAGGGCGGCGGCGGCGGCGGCGGCUACGAGGCGAUGAUGGACGACCAGAACCACAACAACUGGGAGGCCGCCAUGGACGGUUACCGGCAGCAACCGCCGCCCCAACCGCCGCCCCCCGCCUCUUCCUCCCCUUCGCCCCGGGAGCCGCCGGGAGUGCAGCUGCUAGCCGUGGCAGCGGCCGCCACCGAGAGGAAGGGCCCCAAGGAAGGGUUGGGGCCGCCGCCCGAGGCCAACGGGGUGACGAUGAUGAUGAUGAAGAGCUGCGACGCGGCCGCGGCCAAGGUGGCCACUGCCCCCACCCCCAGCGCCACCAUCAACAUCAACACCUCCACCUCCAAGUUCCUAAUGAAUGUUAUAACUAUUGAAGAUUAUAAGAGCACAUACUGGCCAAAAUUGGAUGGUGCCAUAGAUCAGCUUUUAACUCAGAGUCCUGGUGACUAUAUCCCUAUAUCAUAUGAACAGAUAUACAGCUGUGUGUAUAAAUGUGUUUGCCAGCAGCACUCCGAACAGAUGUAUAGUGAUCUGAUUAAAAAGAUAACUAACCACUUAGAGAGAGUCUCAAAGGAGUUGCAGGCCAGCCCUCCAGAACUCUAUAUUGAAAGAUUUAACUUAGCACUUGGACAAUAUAUGGGAGCAUUGCAGAGCAUUGUGCCUCUUUUCAUAUAUAUGAAUAAAUUUUACAUAGAAACCAAGCUUAACAGAGACUUAAAAGAUGAUCUUAUAAAGCUGUUUACGGAACAUGUGGCAGAAAAGCACAUUUACAGUCUAAUGCCUUUGCUUUUAGAAGCCCAGUCAACACCAUUUCAAAUAACACCUUCAACUAUGGCAAAUAUUGUGAAAGGCCUGUAUACACUUAGACCAGAGUGGGUUCAGAUGGCACCAGCUUUAUUUUCUAAAUUCAUCCCAAACAUACUUCCACCUGCAGUGGAAUCAGAGCUUCAGCAAUAUGCAGCUCAAGAUCAGAAACUCCAGAGAGACCUUUUACAAAAUGGAUUUGCAAGAGGUGAUCAGUCACGUAAGAGAGCUGGAGAAGAAUUAGCUUAUAGUGUCCACAUAAGGACCAACUUUUCAUGAAGUUCAAACUGACUGUCCUGCAGUAAUGGCUCAGCAGCAUGUGCCAGUUCCAGAGGGUACAGAUAGUGAAUGUGUCCUGGAUGUGCUUUCAUUCCUAAAGGAGACCCUGGAGGAGCUGGAAUUGUAUCCAGAGCACCAGCUUGGGCCCUGCUAAGACUCAGGGGCUCUGUUGCCAAGUUAGACUUGGAAGAGGAGGUUGGACUUCAUACUUGGUUUUCUAAUUUUUCCUAAAAAGUCAGUUGCUGCUAGACCUGGGGAUAAUUUUGAGAGGUGACAAUCUUUCAACAAUAAAUUUUAUCCACACCUCUUCUGUGAGGAACAGGUAUCUUGAGAAGCAUUAUUCAGUGAAAAUCAGCAGCCCAAAUUCAGCAGCUUCCUGCAAAAGACCAGAAGAAUCUUUUUUGCACUUAUUUUUUGUUCAUUUGUGGACUGUUAAGUGUGUUGGUAUAUAUCAGUUUCAUAUGUCAAGAUAACUUUUACUUUUAAAAAAUCAUUACAAUACAGUAUUUUUUGUCCAAAACUAAAACAAUGCCCCUUUUCAAGAGUUGGUCCUUUGUUUAGCAUUAGAAAGUGUGUUAAAAGAGAUUACUUAACUGCUUUGUCAUAAAUAUUCUCACUUCUCAUUGGUUCACUUUUUUCCACUCUGUGCCUUGAGCUUUGUGCACUUUGCAACAACUGAUUUCAAAUUCAGAGAUGCUUCCUGACGAUGCUGUGGUGUCAUAUACAAAACCAGGAAGGCACUAACUGCUGCUCAGCUGGCAGGGUGCUAAUUGGGGGGAGGGGGAGAAAUUGUUAAUCUGUUGCAGAUUGGUCAGAUAUUCCAUCUGCUUUAAUAUGUUUAUGUUCAUAUUAGUAUUGGGGACCAACUCUUGGAGAAAUUUCUAUUCCCUUUAUCACUUAACCAUGAAUAUGUUGACUGCUGCAGUGAUGGCAGUAAGUAAAUUUUGAACCUCAGAACUGAUACCACUUCUAUGUUUCUAGGGUCGUCAGAAUAACUAGCACUUUUUGAAGUUCUGAGUUUACUUUUGAAUCCAAAUAAGAAUCAGUGGUGUAGGAUUCCUGAUCCAUUCCUUUUUAAAUGGGUGAUAAAUGUACGUGACAAAACAAAGCAGUUUGACUCUAGCUUUUGGUAGUCAUAUCAUCCUGAUAGACCUUGGCUUUUUGGAGGUGGAGUUAGAUUUAUUCUGUUGUCACAAAGGCCUUUCCAAGCUGAGGGAAAGGAACAUUUUCUCUUCUACACUCACAAUAUUCUCUCCUGGCCAAAUUCUUUUUUUAAGUUUUAUUCCAGUUUGAAAGGGGGAGAAGGUUGCAAGAUGUGGCAGGGAGAAGUAUCUCCUCUUUCCUUAAGUCCAAACAGACUAUAUUGCUUUGUGUUACAGACUUCAGUUUUAUGUGGCUAUGUCAAAGUUAUUUUUACCUUCUGAAAAACUGCAGAAGUGGCAAAGAGGCCUUUUAGAGCGAUCCUUGGGUUCGUCUGCUCACUCCUGUUUUGAAACCUUAUCUUUAUAUAGCCUCCAUAAACUCCAGUUGUCUUUUUGGGAGGCAAGUUAGGCAGUAAUACACAGGAUUGAAAAGAAAGAUCCAGGGGAGCAAUGCAUCCUUUUAAAGGAAACCUCCACUUUGGGAAAACUUGUUUCAUUAGGAAAGCAAAAAUUGAAGAUGUCCCUGAGUUUUCCAGUUAGGAUCAGUGGUUAAGGAGAAUCUUCCAAUCUUAUGGAAUACUUUGAGCAGGGUCCAGUUUACCAUCCAAGGAUUACCAAGGUUGUGGUAAUAGAUACUGAAUUAUUGUUUAAAAAAAAAGAUAUAUAUGUGUGUGUGUGUGUGUUUGUACAUAAUACACAUACGUACAUGUAUGUAUGUACAUAUAUAUCUAUGUGUGUGUGUAUAUAUAUAUAUAUAUAUGUACAUAUAUAUACACACACAUAUAGAAACAAAAUGUGACCUGAGAAAUUGAUGUAUAUCAGUAACAUUCUAAGUUAGAGUGUUAAAAAAUUCUUUCAUCAUGCAGUUAGAAUUUUACUUUGUUUAAUAAAAAGUUUGAUAUUGGGCUUUAUAUAGUAUAUUGUAUAUAGUACACAGAACUGAAGUCUUAUGUCUAAGAAGGUGGUUAUAACAAAUUUUCAUUAGGAAGUAAACUUCAAUAUCCUGCAAGAAGGAAAAACUGAACAUUCCUCUUAAUGUAGAUGAAUGCAUAAGCACCCUAGCAGUAGUGAAAGCCUUUUUCCACAAUGUAGUAUUCUUGCUUGUUCCACAGUAUGUAUAAAUUUCCUUUGUAAAAAAAAAAAUACUGUAUUAUGUUGUGAAUUGGCAUUAAAAUUUCUGUAUGUUUUUGCAUUAUGAACUUAAUGCAGAGGUAUUUUUAUACUGUCUUUUAUGGUUUUAUUAUUGUGUGUUUUAACAUAAUGUCUACAUUUAGUUUUCUAAAUUUUACACUGUGAUUAAAUCCAACUCUUUUCUGGGAGCUGGUAUUUUUAAAGCCAUGAGGAUAAGGUAGGACAGAACUGGUAACUCUUCUAACAACAAAACUGGCUUUGAUUUGUCAAUUGUUCCCUUCUCCAGUCUACUCCUGAAAUGAAUUCAUGAGUAGCAGAAAUACAAACUAUACUUUGGAAUUUAAUUUCUGUAUUAAUAUUAAAUGUUUUUGUUUAAUAUGUUGAGUUGAACAAUGUGGUAUUUAAAUCUUAAGAUUAUAUGCUGUAUUCUUAUCUGUAAUUUACUGGUUUAGAUAAGUUAAGUAAUGGCAAAAAUUUGUUAUGAGACUUGAGUAAAUACCUAGGGGUGGGGAAAAAGGGUAGGAUUGGUAGACAAACAGACUUGGGCUUUCUUUGAUGCUGCAGAAGGUUGGGUGAGGAAAUGCCUCUCUGCCAGUUCAGAUUGGUCCCUUCUCUGCCGCUUUUAGAGCCUGAGAGUUUUAUAAAGAAGUGGCGGCACACUCAAAUGGAAAUGAGCCACUAGAUCCUAUCUUGGGAUCCCUAUGGGCCUCAUGUUAAUUUUGAAAACUACAUAUUAACAUUGCAUUUUUUGUUUUUUGUAUUGUAGUUUUGUAUGAAACUAUGGUAGUUUUAUUGACAUUACUAAGUAUUUCCCAAUUACAUUUUAAUUUGGAUUGGGCUGCACAGUGGUCUUCAUGUUUGAUAUCGAAAAGUUAAAGAACUUGGCCUAUUUCUCAUAGCUAUUCUGUUUUAGGAGUGUUAUUCCAAUCCAGAAUUUAAUGAAUUCAAGGCUUAUCUGUUCAAUACAAAUACAAUUGAUUUUCUAGGCAACAUUCACUAUGAAAAUGUGAUCUUGAAAUACUUUUCGCUUUCUUUCCUUUUUUUUUUUUUUAACAUCAGCACCAUGUUAACUACAGAUGUCUGAUAAAUUUCCCUAAAUUAAACUUUGUGCCCUGGAUAAAAAAUAAUUGAAGGUCUAAGUCCUCAAAAAACCUUCAGAUAGUAGCAUAAAAUUUUAUGAAAUUAAUGGAUUUUUUUCCCCCCAUAAAGAUUGCUUGUUUAAAAAUAAGUCCUAAAUUUUAAAGAUUGCCUUUGUUACUAACUUCAUCUUAUCUUUUUAUCUCACCACUUUACCCUUAUCCAGAAAGAAAUGUUAAUCAUUUUUCUUGUAGGAAUAAAAAAAUGAAAAUCUUGUCAAGGAAACCUGAGCUUUGCAUGAGCUUCUACCGAAAAAAGUUUUAAGAAUAUUUAUAUGUUGCUUACUUAAUUUUCAGUAAGUUUUACACAGUGCAAAGCUAUUCUUUGUAUCACAACAGGUUUUGGAAAGAUAUAUUAAGAUCACUUGGGGAAGGGUGCUUUCUCUUCCCUUCUAAGGAAAAUAAAGUUUAGGUCUUUAGUUCUAGAACCUGGAUGAAUUGUGGUGCUAAGAUCUUAGGAGGUUUAUUAAGAAAAAUAAAUACUUAUGUAAUGUAGGUUUUUCUGUAACAA